ACAGGAAAUGGAAGAGCAAAUUAAACAUUAUCUUCGGAUGCCCUAUAACAACGGGUCAGUCUCCAUUGCAACCGAGAAUGACGUGCAGAUAUGUCGCAUAUUGAUAGUCAAGUGUAAAAGCCACACCCAGCAGACAUUAAAAGGUCUCUUAAAGUGGCCUGAUACUUCCGGAGGAAAAAACGUGACUCUUGCGUGCCCCAAAAACCUUCGCCGCUAUGCCACACGGCACUGCAAACUGUCCUCGCUGACCCACUGGAUGGACCCACACCUGGAAGACUGCCCUCCAGUGGUGGAAACCAUCCCUGAUCUGGACCACAUCGAAGUCACUCCUGAAAACUCAUUCGAUGUGGUGAAGAUGAUUAAGGAUUUACUGAGAAACCACUCUUCUCUCAUCUACAACGAGCUGGUCACAGUCCUCAACAAGCUGAAGGACAUUAUUAAUGUCAGCGUGGUCACACCAGACCUCGGUCAGGCUCUGAUCAACAUCAUUUCAGACAUAGUGGGAUCUGACAGUGACCUGGAGCCUUUCACAAACACCAUUCUGAACAUUACAGAGGCGGUGGGAGACAAGAUAGUGGGCUACGAAGGCUCCUCCACCCUUGUUGCUGAAGAGCUCGCCAUCUCAGUGGUGGAUGUCAAGCCUGGAGAGUUUGACAACCUCAGUUUUGGAGUGUUGUCUGAUCUGACUGGGACAAACCCUGAGAUUUUUAUAAAUCAGCAUCCCUUCAACGGCACAGUGGCUUUUAUCUCUCUGCCGUCCGUCCUCCAGCAGAGCUUCCCACAGUACGGCCAGAACCCAGCUAGAAUCCAGUUUCAGUUCUACGCCAACAAACUCCUAUUCAAAAGCAGAAAACCAGGACAGAUUCUUAACACGUUUGUGGUGUCAGCAAGUGUGACCAACGCCACCUCACCAAUCAAAGACCUUACUGAAGAUGUCAAAGUCACGCUCCACCAUCUUAACCCUAACAAGCAUGACAUGGAUGUGGAGUGUGUGUACUGGAACUUCAAUAAAAACAAUGGACGUGGAGGUUGGGAUAAUUACGGCUGCCGAAAGUACAACAGCAGCUCCAACUACACAACCUGCCUGUGUGACCAUCUCACACACUUUGGAGUCCUGAUGGAUGUCUCCAGGACUCAGGUGGACCAGGUUCAUGAGCAGAUCCUGACCAUUAUCACCUAUAUCGGUUGCGGCAUCUCGUCUCUGUUCUUGGGUAUCACUGUUCUCACUUACACCGCAUUUGAGAAGCUUCGUAGAGACUACCCCUCACAGAUCCUAAUCAACCUCUCUUUGGCUCUGCUUGGUUUGAAUUUGGUGUUUCUGGUCAACUCUUGGUUGUCCUCCUGGGGUGUGUACGGCCUGUGUGUGGCUGUGGCAUCUAUACUGCACUACUUCCUCUUGGCAUCGUUCACCUGGAUGGGAUUAGAGGCCGUUAACAUGUAUUUUGCACUCAUCAAAGUAUUCAACGCCUACGUCCCAUCCUAUAUCCUGAAGUUCUGCAUUCUGGGGUGGGGGAUUCCUCUGGUCAUCUGCAUCAUAGUGCACAUUGUGAACCAAGACGCAUACGGCAGUCACCUCUACAAAAACAACCAAACCACUUUAGAGUCAUUGGACAACUCUGAAAACUUCUGCUGGCUUCAGGAUGAUGUGACAUUUUAUGUGUCCGUCGUUGCCUACGCUGCACUAGUCUUCCUCUUUAACAUUGGGAUUUUUGUGGUGGUUCUGAUUCAGAUCCGUCACAUGAGAGUCAACAGCCCCGCAGGAACCCGGAGAGGACUCAUGCAGGACCUGAAGGGAGUUGCCAGUCUCACCUUUUUACUUGGACUAACUUGGACAGUUGGCUUCUUCACCUGGGGACCAGUGAGGAUAAUUCUGCUCUACCUGUUCUCUGGACUGAACACCCUGCAAGGWCUUUUUGUUUUCCUGUUCCACUGUCUGAUGAAGGAGAACGUCAGGAAACAGUGGAGGAGCCAGCUUUGUUUUGGACGCUUUCGUCUUGAGGAACACUCUGAGUGGAGCAAUUCAGGAUCAGUGGGAGCCCUUCCAAAACCCAGAGAAAAGCCUCAGAGAGCAGCGAUACCAUCGGUUCGAUCGGUCAAGUCCAACUCCACAGACAGUACGUCAGCUUCUUCUGACUCCAGCCAGAGAGACUCAUUCUGCAGGAGACCAGACCUGGGUCUUUUUGUGAACAGCCUGGUUUUUCCUCGAGCCCAGAGAGGCCCAUCUCAUUCAGGAACUCUGCCUGCCUGCAAGGGGAUGAACCCAACACCUGGCUGGAGAAAUCACUUGUUAAAUGACCAAACACAGCAAUAUAUUCAUUAGACAUCCACAUCUGAGUACAUAUAUAAAUCUGAAAAYCCUUCACAUCUAUAAUCAAUGCUGUGCAUAACCAAAUCUAAUGGCAUCACACCAGACUUAUUAAUUCCUGUCGUUCUAUUGUUUGAUUUUGUUUGUUCGCUAAAUACUGUAAAAGAGCCUGUAAUUGUAAAGACAUGAGCAACUGAAUUUGUUUCAAGGAGGAGUAGGUUGCCAAGCAACUGGUGAGUCGAGAAAUGGUGACAAUGAAMUGUGGUACAACACGUUUUGUGUAAAAAUAAAUAAUUAAAAAUAAAAUGACUAAUUUAAGGAGA